AUGGCCAAGCCCAAUGAACCCAGUCGAGAUGACAGAUUUCAUUUUGUUUCUUCCAAAAGCACAGAUGGCCGUAGAGCAAAGCGCAUAGCCAGAUCCCAUGCUAUAGCUCGAGGCCUUGAGAAUAAACGCAAGCUCCAGCAAAAGUCGGGUCUCAAUUUCCAUGCCGUAACAUUGAAAGGGGAUUCUGGCCGCAGUCUGGACAAGAGGAAGACGUCAGGUUCUCUUAUUACGCCAUCGGUCUCCUUUUCCGGGAUGUCCAGUGCGUUCCAGAUGCUGGCUGCAGAGUCACCAAAGCUACGGGCAUUAUUGAGUCAAGUGCCAAAUAUUGCUGGGGAGAAGCUUACAUUGAAUACCUUAGACAAAAUGCAACAUUCUCAACAGCCAAUCUUCAGCGUUUUGGACGAGCUUGUGCUCCAGAACUUUCCCGCAGUUUUCCGGAAAGGACUGGAUGACCAUGCCCUUCUGAGUGCGGCUAUGCUCAGAAUCUCAUUUGCAAUCACUGAUGGUUAUAUCGAUGUGGAAUGCCUUCGAUAUCAGGGCCAGGCUCUUAGUUCAAUUCGUCGAAGGAUGAGUUCUCCAGAUAUGGCUACCACCGAAUCGACCUUGGGUGCUAUUUUGCUAUUAGUUGGGGUAGAGGCUCAGCUUGGCAUACCGUGUCAAGUCCAACUGCAUAUGGGGGCAAUACAACAGCUUCUUGACAUAUGUCGGCGGAAGGGGGUAUAUCUGAGUGAUGGUAUCAAACGUGCCAUAUUCUGGUCAGACUUGAAUGCCUCGGUUAUGACAGGGUCCAGCCGGGUUGUUGAUCACACAACCUUUUCCGAGCUUCAGUGGAAAAGAGAUCCUUUCACUCAAUCUUUCUUUGCUCUACCCCCUGGAUUCCAGGUUUAUUCUCAUCUACUGGGUGCGGACUUUGUUGACGUGCUCAAAGACGUCUUUGCGUUGCAAUGUAUCCGAGAUUCCACCUUCUUCGGUAAAGAGGAUACAAUCGCAAUGGCAAAUAUUGAUAAUCACCAAGCGUCAAUUCAGUCGAGACUGGUAAGCUUACCAAAUUGCUGCUCCAUUUCAGAGUGUUGCCAUCUAGCCGCAUAUCUAUGCUCAACUAUGUUGCGCUGUAAGCUUUGGCGUGCUUCUACUAUUCCGUCCCAUCUUUCACUGCAGCUACUCUGUAAGCUACAAGAAGUAAACCCCGAUCUCUUGUGGGAUGAUUGGCCUGAACUGCUAGCUUGGCUGCUACACAUUGGGGGGGCUUUUGCUCCUACUGGAAACAUACGAUCAGCAUACCUGGCCUUGUUGCAUUUGAAUCGCAAUACACGGCUUGAGAACCUCUAUUCGUCUUGGCCUAGUUUGCUGGAGAUUCUGAAGCAGUUUAUUUGGUCCGAAAAGGCUUUUGAAGCUCAAGUCAAAGCGUUCUAUGAAGAGAGUCAUAUUUAA